AUGGAUCAGUGGACGGGCGUGCAUCGGGCGUUUAUAAUACGCGCCUAUUAUAGAAAUAACGAUUCCAUUAGCAGUGCCCAAAGAAUGUUUAAGAAACAGUUCAGCAUUUAUCAGGUGCCGCCCACAAAUGUCAUCAAGUCCUGGCUAAGACACUUCGAGUGUACAGGCUCCUCGCAAGCCGGCGGUUGCAUAUCGCGUUCCUCCAUUCCUCAAAUCUUCUGCACUAUUUGCAAUCAAUGCUUAAGUAAUGAGAAGAACUUUAACAGCUCCUUAAAAUGA